UUUUCGUGUUAGACUCGUAUUCUAUUGAAAUAUGAUCUAUUUUUUUGAAAUCGAUUUCAAAUGGCAUUAAUGCAUAACAAAGUUGAAGAUUUUAAAGAGAGGAUUAAAGAAAAGGCUGAAAAAUUGGUUACAGAAAAUUUUCCUAAAAAAGUAUUAGAAAUGGACAAACUUCUAAAUUCACCAGAGUUCACUGAACGUGAUUUUAAAAAGAUACAUUAUAUUAUGAAUAUACCUGUUCCUACACAUCAAAAUGGAGUAAUAGAUAAAAUUGUUAAUGGUAUCCCUAUUAUUAACAAGAAAAGAAAAACGAUUGAAAAUGAAAAUUUAACUGACCAAAUUAUUAGUUAUGAUGAAGAUAAAAAAGUAAUGUUAUUUCCUAAUGGUAUGUUUCCCUCAAAUCAAAACAUUAUCAAGCUUUUUGAAAUACUCAAGCCUUACAUGUGUGAAAUGGUUGAGGACACAAACUUAGUCAAAAUGUGGAUAUUGUUCAUGAUACCCAGAAUCGAAGAUGGUAAUAACUUUGGAGUCUCCAUUCAAGAGGAAACUUUAGCAGAAGUAAGACUAGUCGAAACAGAGUCCGCAUCAUAUCUUGAACAGAUUUCCCGGUACUACUUAACCCGGGCUAAACUGGUCUCAAAAAUAGCUAAGUACCCGAACAUAGAGGAUUACCAGAGAUCCGUACUCGAAUUGGACGAAAAGCAAUACCUGACUAUUAAGUUGAUUUGCGCGGAAUUGAGGAAUAAUUAUUCAAGUUUACACGAUCUGAUUUUGAAGAACAUAGAAAAACUUAAAAAGCCAAAAACUAACAAUAUGGAAUCACUGUAUUAAAAUCGUCGUUAUUUUCCACCCUCUCUAAUUAAUUCUUUAUGCAUUCAUUUGCCUACUAUAAUAUCCCACCUUUAAAAUGUAUUUAUUAAAUUGUUAAAGUAAUAAACCAGAUAUAAAUCAUUUAUUUCUGUUUCGUGAAAUGUUUUAUAACUUAUUUAUUUUCUUAUUUUAUUAACACAUUUUUUUCUCUUUUCUCUUUGUAAAUAAGCGUGAAGAUACUCGUAUAUCAGUUAUAAUAACUAUUCUUCAUUAUUUGCACUAUUCUUUUAAUUCCUUCAUCUUUUAAGAAUAAUGGGAUGACUCCUUGAAUAUAAAAAUGAUAAUUUUCUCAUAAUUUUUGACCCUUUAAAAUAAUUUUUUUUUUGAAAAUACUAAUUUGAUGUAAAAU